CUCAUUUUCUUAUACAGUGGUUCAUGAACGCAGCACAGCUCAGUCAGCAGCGUCUACGAGACAGCGACUAUACACAACAUGCCAGUAGACGUGAGCGAGUGGUCCGGCUCUCUCGAGCUACAGCAGGUUGAUGAGAAGCCAGCUCUGCCCCUGACAGUUAAAUACGGCUCCGUUGAAAUAGACGAGCUCGGCAAAGUGCUCACCCCAACACAGGUGCAGAGUAGACCCACCUGCCUCCAGUGGGAGGGAUGUGACUCCAGUAAGAUGUACACCCUGGCUCUUACUGACCCUGAUGCUCCAAGCAGGAAAGAGCCCAAAUUCAGAGAGUGGCACCAUUUUCUGGUGGUCAACAUGAAAGGGAAUGACAUCUCGUCUGGCUGCGUGUUGUCGGACUAUGUGGGCUCUGGUCCUCCUAAGGGCACAGGUCUGCACAGGUAUGUGUGGCUGGUGUACGAGCAGCCAGGCAGCCUGUCCUGCUCAGAGCUCGUCCUCAGCAAUCGCUCGGGAGACGGCCGUGGCAAGUUCAAGAUCCAGAGCUUCAGGCAGAAAUACAACCUUGGCGCUCCGGUGGCUGGAACAUGCUACCAGGCGGAGUGGGACGACUAUGUGCCCAAACUGUAUGAGCAGCUGGCUGGAAAAUAAAUAAAAACUUAAUUCUAGAACUCUCAGCACUAGGAAUUUCUGAUGGUUUACAGGAAAUUCCCACACUUGCAAAAGUUAAAAGAAAAAACCCUUUGUUUGCCACUGAUAAUAUCCUCUUUUCCCGCUGUUGCCUUCCAUGCUGUAACAGAAAUAAAAACUCACUGUUACUUAAACUAAUUUGCAAUAAAUCAGUUUAACACUGA